AUGGCGGCUGUUCUCCGGUGGUUUUGGAAGCACUACCAGUAUGUGCUGGCUUUCUACUUUGCCAUCGAGGAGGUAAACAAGGACUCCAGGCUGCUCCCCAACACGUCCCUGGGCUUCCACGUCUACAACGCCUUCACCUCUGACAGGUAUACCCUGUGGAAUGCUCUGUUCGGGCUUUCUGGAAACACGAUGCCUGUUCCCAACUACAACUGCCAGGAGCCGGGGAAGACGCUGGCCGUCCUCGCGGGAACUGUGCCGGCGUUUUCCGCGGAGCUUGGGACCCUCCUGGAGCUGUACAAAAUCCCACAGGUGACAUUCGGACCCCAUGAUCCCAUGCUCAGCAACAAGGAACAGUUGCCAUCGCUCUACCAGGUGGCACCCAAGGACAGCUUUCUUGCCCACGCAAUGACUUCCUUACUGCUACACUUUGGCUGGACGUGGGUGGCCGUCUUUACCUCUGAUGACAUCAAAGGAGAGCAGUUCCUUCAGGACCUGAACGCAGAGACAGUGCGGGCGGGCAUCUGCGUGGCCUUCACCCAGAAGUUCUCUGCCACGAAGACAAUGUACAUCGUCAACGCCAUCACUUUCAUGACUCGGAUCCCUGUUUCGUCUGCAAACGUGCACAUACUGUACGGGGACGUAGGAAGCCUCCUCACUGUGGACGUGGCGGCUGAGCUCUUCUUAACCACCGGGAAGGUGUGGGUCAUGGCCGCGAAGAGGGACGUGGUCAUGUACGAGAUGGAUCACAUCCUUCACUCUUUCCACGGAAGCUUCUCACUUUCACGUCACAACAGGGAGAUCCCCGGCUUCAAACGCUUUCUCAAAACAGUCGACCCUUCCCACUACCCGGAAGAUUUUUAUUUCACCAAGUUGUGGAUGUACAAUUUCCAGUGCCUGCCCACCGGGUCGCAAUGUGGACGGGGUCCGGUCUGCCCACCCAAUUCUUCCUUGGAGCUCCUGUCGGGAAACUUUGACAUGAUGACCGUGUCGGAGUCCAGCUAUUUCAUGUACAACGCUGUGUAUGCCCUGGCCCAUGCGCUGCACAGCAUGCUUUUGGAGGAGAGUGAAAUGGGACCUGCGGGAGACAGAGAACCGCCCGGGCUUCUUCCCUGGCAGCUUCAUCCAUUCCUAAAGGAGACCCAGUUCACCAACGGUGCCGGGGAGCUCAUAUCCUUUGAUGAAGAGAGAGACCACGGGGCACACUAUGACGUACAGAACGCUGUCAACUUCCCUGCUGGACUAGGGCUGAUGGUGAAAGUAGGAGAGUUUGACCCUACACGUCCACUUGAUCAAGCCCUGGUCAUCAGCGAGGAGAUGAUAGAAUGGCCGAUCGGAUUCACAGAGACCCCUCGGUCUGUGUGUAGCCAGAGCUGUGGUCCAGGAUCCAGGAAGACCACGCAGGAGGGAAGACCUGUCUGCUGCUUCUCUUGCACUCCUUGCCCCGACAGACACAUUUCCAACCACGCAGAUGCGGAAGAGUGUAUCCUGUGCGCAGCGCAUGACUAUGCCAACCUUGAGCGCAGUCUCUGCUUGCCCAAGGUGGUGACCUUCCUAGCUUUUGAGGAUUCUCUGGGGAUGGCACUAGCCUGCACGGCUGUGUCCUUCUCUGUCCUCACAGCGGGGGUCCUGGGGCUCUUCGUGAAGCACCAAGACACAGCCGUCGUCAAGGCCAACAACCGGACCCUCAGCUACGUCCUGCUCUCCGCCCUCCUCCUCUGCUUCCUCUGCUCCUUGCUCUUCGUCGGCCGUCCCCGCUCGGCCACCUGCACGCUCCAGCAAGUGGCAUUUGGACUUGGGUUCGCCGUGGCUGUGUCCAGCGUCUUGGCAAAGACUGUGACCGUCAUCCUGGCCUUCAAGGUGACCAAGCCAGGAAGGGCGGCGGCGAGGUGGCUGCUGGUGUCGGGAGCGAUGAACUACAUCAUUCCCAUCUGCACCCUGGUCCAGCUCGUCCUCUGCGGCGUCUGGCUGGGCACAGCCCCUCCCUUCGUUGACACAGAUGCUCACUCCGAACAGGGGCACGUCCUCCUCCUGUGCAACAAGGGCUCGGCCGCUGCCUUCUACUGCGUCCUCGGGUACCUGGGGGCCCUGGCCCUGGGGAGCUUCGCUGUGGCUUUCCUGGCCAGGAACCUGCCUGACGCGUUCAAUGAAGCCAAGUUCCUGACCUUCAGCAUGCUUGUGUUCUGCAGCGUCUGGGUCACCUUCCUCCCUGUCUAUCACAGCACCAAGGGCAAGCUCAUGGCGGCCGUGGAGGUCUUCUCCAUCCUGGCCUCCAGUGCAGGGCUGCUGGGCUGCAUCUUUGUCCCCAAGUGCUACAUUAUCUUGCUAAGGCCCGACAAGAACUCUUUGAGCGGCUUAAAGAACCGAAGCGUUUCUAGAAGGAACAGGCAUUCUUGGAAAUCACCUCCUACGUCUCUGCCAUAG